ACAUGCGCCCAACGACGACGCUCUUGGUGGCCGCGUUCCUAGCCGCCGUGGCACGCGUCACGGACGCCGCCUUCGCGUGGCCCCAACUGCCGCAGUUUGACUUUGUGCAAGACGCCGUGCCGGACACUGUGCCGUCCGUCAAGUACUGUUCGUCGUGCGCAAAACCGUGUGGCACUCAACCCGAGGAUAAACGAUCGUUGUUUGCCAAGAUCGUCAACGGCAAGGACGCGCGGGAGAACGAAUUCGGUUGGGCUGCUACUUUGGCCAGACGAGGCCAGUUCUAUUGUGGCGGCACUUUGAUCACCAAAAAACAUGUGCUUACCGCAGCACACUGUGUCGAAUCUUUCAAUGCCAAAGAUCUGACCGUGACCAUUGGCGAGCACGACCGGAAGACGGACAGCAGUCGGAAGUCGGUUCACCGCGUUGCCAACAUCCACCGGCACCAGGACUUCCGGUUGAGCACUUUCGACAACGACAUAGCCGUCGUGGAACUCAAAGAACCCGUCCACGUCGAGAACCCUUGGGUUCGCCUUGCUUGCUUGCCGACCACUUCCGACGUAUCGUACGAAGGGUCCAAAGGAACAGUCAUCGGAUGGGGUAGACUGGGCGAACGCAAAAAGUCGUCGAAUAUUCUGCAAAAGGUGGACGUGCCAAUUAUAUCCAACGAGAACUGCAAGGAAAUGGGAUACGCGGCAGAGAAAAUCACAGAGAACAUGAUUUGCGCGGGCUACAAAGAAGGCCAGCAAGACGCUUGCCAAGGCGAUAGCGGUGGACCUAUGCACAGACACAUGGAUUCGUCCAACGUCUUGGAAGUGAUCGGUAUCGUGUCUUGGGGCAAAGGUUGUGCCAGGGAAAACUAUCCCGGGGUUUACACCAGAGUGGCCAACUACUUGGACUGGAUUAUGGAUCACACGGGCGAAGAGUGCAUAUGCGGUUCGCCGGCCGGCCAAUCCGAAGAAAAUUACUAGACACCACAACCCAGACAAGUGCAUAUUUAUAUCUUAAUUAUUAGCCGUUUAAGCAUUAGCAUACACCACACGUUGAACAUUACCACCGAUUGCCAAUUUACACGGUAAAUUCUAGUCAACAAACGUAUAAUAUCUUAAUCAUAAUAUUACCAUAAGUGUACAUAGUAUUAUACAUACUUAAUUAUUGCUGUCUAGAGUAUAUUAAAAAAAAAAACCGGCUAUUUAUACUUUAUUCUGUCUGUGAACAAAACCGUACCAAAUACCUCAUAUUUUUUUUUUUAGAUAACUUCACAACUACUAGCUACUUAAUAGUAUAUACUAUCUAUACCUAUGUGUUUAUAAUAAGUAAAUAUGGACAUAAGAUUUAUAUAUAUACUUUUUAUUUAUUUUGAAAGUAACGUUUCACUCUGACUAAAAUGUUGCAAGUAAUCCAACGGUCUUCUAUAGGCGUUGCGUUUACACAUUUGAUCUUUUCUUUCUCUUUUUUUUUUCUCAUCACAAAUCCGUCGCUCAGCGGGUGAAUAUAAAAAAGUUAUCUAUCCGUCGAUCUCGGUUUCUAUUCUAAUUAAUUGCACGUUAAAAAUAACCCCAAACCCUACUGGAUGGGUUUAAUAAUUUAUUGUCUUCCUUUGAAAAGUUUCUUAAAAAAAAAAUGUACAUAAGAAACACAAAUUAAUCGUUUAAGCUCACGACCAUAAUAUUGUUAAUUUAUCAUACUGAACAAUUUUUAUUGCUGUUAUUGUAAUUUAUAAGUUACCCAAUAUUUGACAAAAUAUUAUUAUUAUAGUUGUAUUUAUAUUUUAAGUUUCAACCGUAACAACACGGUGUAAUCGCGUUAUGAAUGUUAUAUAAUUGUAAAUUACCAUUAAGUUAAUGUUACUCAAAAAUCAAUUACAAUUUACAUUAAAGCGUUUAUGAAUAAAAAAAUUACAAACUAAAAAACGAGUGGAAAUUAUUUAUUA